AUGCAUCUACUUUUGUCCGUCACAGUGAAGGUGGAUGAUCGCCUCAACGGUGACGGCACGGGUCUUCCGCUUGGUAUCAAUGAUGGUGCCCUCGGGAUAGUUCUUGGAGUUGUUCCUCUUGGGAUUUUUGCUCUCUAUUUUACUGCGGGAAAGCAAGAUUCUGAUAUCAUUGCUGGUGGUAAAGACGAUGAAAGUGGAUUGUCUUUGUAA